AUGUGCACCCGAUUCACACACAUCUACACAUGCGGCCACUACACAACCUCCACAGUCACGUGCGCAAACUCAAGAACCGCAAACGGCAAGUGCUCUGUAUAUAAAGAGAAAGAGCUCGACCACGAAUACGAAUGCGACGACUGCGAAGAGGAGGAGGCCGCGAAACAGGCUGCAUCAUCAUAG